AUGACAAGCCCAAAGACGGUAAAAGAAGUCCAGCAACUAGCAGGACGAAUAGCUGCCUUAUCACGUUUCCUACCUGCAGUGGCAAACCGAUCUUAUCAUUUUUUCCAGACAUUCUCUAAAGGCAAGAAGUUCACCUCGACAGACGAAUGUGAGAACUCUUUUACCGAACUCAAACAGCACCUAACAUCACCGCCAAUCCUCCAAAGACCAGAGACAGGUAAGCCAUUGUGUUUAUACCUAUCAGUAUCUAACCAUGCUAUAAGCUCGGUAUUAGUAACAGAAACAGGAAGAAAGCAAAACCCAGUAUACUUCAUCAGUAGGGUGCUACAACCAACAGAAAUAAGGUACCUGAAGAUAGAACAACUGGCACUAGCACUAAUCACCACGGCAAGAAGACUGCGACACUACUUCCAGGGCCACACAAUCAUAGUACGAACAGACCAACCGCUAAGGCAGAUAUUAACCAGACCCGAGCUCGCCGGCAGACUAAUAAAAUGGGCGAUCGAGCUCUCCGAGUUCGAUAUUCAGUACGAACCAAGGAAAACACUGAAGUCACAGGUGCUAGCCGACUUUAUAUCGGAAAUGACUAAUGACACACAAAAUACAGAGGUCAAUUGGAGCAUACAUGUGGAUGGAGCAUCAAACAAAGAAGGCAGUGGAGCAGGGAUACUACUGAAGGAAGGAGACAAAGUAGUGGCUGAGCAGUCACUGCAGUUCCGCUUCAAAGCAAGCAACAAUCAGGCGGAAUAUGAGGCCCUACUCGCUGGACUAAAGCUCGCCCUACAACUACAAAUACCUCGAUUAACAGCUUACUGCGACUCUUCAUUAGUGGUACAUCAAAUAAAGGGCGAAUUCCAGGUAAAAGAUCCUUUGUUAGAGAAAUAUUGGCUCAUAACAAAUGAUCUAAUUUCAAAAUUUAACAAAUUUGACAUUAUUCAUGUAAACCGAGAACAAAACACCAGGGCCGAUGUGUUAUCUAAGUUAGCCACAACUCGGCAAGCCGAAAACACAUCGGCAUUGUCCCAGCUAACACUUGACAAACCGAGUUUUGAGCAGGACACAAUUCUGAGUAUUAUACAGGUCCCAGAUUGGCGAACACCUUUCCUCAAUUACAUCACCACUGGGGCAGUACCAGAUGAUGAGCCGAACUUACCGCUCUUUCGGAGGAGAGCAAGUUUUUACACAAAACUCAGAAACACCCUAUACAGACGAGGACACUCCCAACCACUUCUAAAAUGCAUCAGCAUCGAGGAAGCUAAGGAUGUCAUGGCUGAAACACACGAAGGAGUCUGCGGCAACCAUAUCGGCGGCCAAGCAUUAGCAGCAAAGAUUCUGCGAAUAGGAUACUACUGGCCGACGAUAAAACAGGACUGCAUCUCAAAAGUAAAGGCAUGUGAUAAUUGUCAAAAGCACGCCACCCUCUCGAAGACCCCGGCCGAGGAACUCCAUACCAUAGAGGUAAGCUGGCCUUUCGAUAGGUGGGGAUUGGACAUCCUCGGACCUUUCCCGAAAGUGCCAGGCCAGGGGUUAAAGAAAAAGCUCGGCGAAGCUAAAGGAGAAUGGGCUGACCUCAUCCCCGAAUUUCUAUGGAGUUACAAUACCAGCAUUCAAUCUGCCACAGGAGAAACUCCUUUCAAGCUAGUAUAUGGCGCGAAAGCACUCAUCCCAGUAGAGGUCAGCGUCCCAACACUAAGGACCGAGCUCUAUAAUCAAUCGAAUAACCUACAAGCUCGUACAACCGAGUUGGAUCUUGUAGAGGAAGAAAGAGACAUUUCCACCAUAAAGCAGCGAGCCAGAAAAUAA